UGUCCAGCAUUCCUCCUCUUGGAAGAGAGACCGAGGACCUUCACCAUGUGGAGCUCAGCAAUUGCCCUGUGCCUGCUCCUGUCUGCUCUCCCAGGAGGGGAACCGACUGCACCAGACCCGCAAUAUAUGAUGCUAGUUCCUACUAUCCUGCACAUAGGACACGAGGAGAGACUAUGUCUGAUUCUUUCCCACCUCAAUGAAACUAUCUCAGUCUCUGUGAUCCUGGAUGUGGGCUCCCAAAAUCUGACUUUACUGGAGAAACAAGUCACAGAAAGCAAUGAGGACUUUUGUGUCACCUUCCAGAUUCCAGACAUAGAUUCCUCAAAACUAGCUUAUUUCACGCUCGACGCUGAUGGAGAAACGUUCCACUUCAGAAAGCGGAGAUCUGUCCUUCUGAAGCUUCAGGAGAAUCUUGUUUUCGUUCAAACAGACAAAUCCAUCUACAAACCUGGGCAGAAAGUCCAGUUCCGAAUCGCAUCUUUGAAUGAAAACUUUUACGCCGUCUCUGAAAAUUUUCCACUGGUGUAUAUUGAGGAUCCCCAAAGGAACCGCAUAGCCCAAUGGCUAAAUGUAGAGACUAAUAGAGGGAUCACUCAGGAAUCCUUCCAGCUUGCCCCUGAGCCCAUACACGGAACGUACAAAGUGGUGGUCAAAAGGCCAAAGGGACAACAAGUGCAGCACACAUUCAGUGUUGAGGAAUAUGUUUUACCAAGAUAUGAAGUACAAGUCAAAUUACCUCCUGUCCUCACUGUUGAGGACGAAGAAUUUAGUGUGACCGUGUGUGGCAAGUACACCUACGGUAAGCCAGUAGCAGGGAUGAUCAAAGUCCGUAUCUGCAGACAGUUCCAGCAGAGUUACUCUUCCUGUGUCGGUUAUGAGGAUGGUGUGUGUGAGGAACUAUCACAUGAAGCGGGACCUGACGGAUGCUACUCUGCUGUGGUUCAAACUAAACUCUUCCAGUUGAAACGCACAGGAUACCAUAUGAACAUCAAAGCAAAGGCCAAAAUCAUAGAAGAGGGAACAGGCGUGGAGCUAACAGGAGAAUCAUCUACUGAGAUCAAGAGCACCUUAGCUAAGGUCUCAUUCCGACAGGUGGACUCUUACUAUAAAACUGGCAUUCCCACAUAUGGACAGGUUUUCUUAGAAGAUGCAGCUGGAAAUCCCUUGACGAAUGAGACAGUAACAAUUUUUGUUGGACACGAUGGAACAAAUUUCACUUACACCACUGGGCCUGAUGGCACCGCGGAUUUCUCAAUUGACACAACUUCAUGGCAGGGGCAUUCUGUGCAACUCCGGGCAUCGUACAAGACACAGGCCUACUGUAGCAGUUACGGCUGGGUGAAUCCAAUUUAUGAAGAACAGUCACUGCCAGUAAGACGCUUCUACUCCAGGAGCAAUAGUUUUUUAAAAGUCAAACCCAUACAUAAGACCCUUCAUUGUGAAACUGUACAGAAAAUCAAAGUGCAUUAUGUUCUGACAAGUAUGGGAAUCGGAACGACAAAAGAAGCAGUGUUCCGUUAUGUGAUUAUGUCAAAAGGAGAAAUUAUAACAUCUAAGCGACAUACCGUACUGCUGAUUGAAAAUCAAGAUGCAGCUGGGCACUUUUCUUUUGAACUGCCGGUGAAAACUAAUAUUGCACCUUUGGCAAAGGUACUUGUUUUCCUAAUUUUGGACAGCGGAGAGGUCAUCGCAGAUUCCAUCAGCGUAAAAGUGGAUAACUGUUUCCAAAACAAGGUAAAACUUUCUUUCUCUCAAACUCAAUCACUACCCGGCUCAGAGACCAUCCUCAGUCUCCAAACUGACCCAGACUCUCUGUGUGCCAUUCGAGCUGUGGAUUCAAGUGUUUUACUCAUGAGACCAGAAGCAGAAUUGUCUGCAAAGUCGGUAUAUGAUCUGCUGCCCCUUAAAGACCUGUCUGGCUAUCAUUACGAUGGGCAUUACAUGGAGGAGCCACAUGAUGAACCCUGUGUGAAGGCAGACCCCAUCUUUCUCAAUGGCUUUUACUACAACCCAAGUAGCCCUGACUCAGACAUUGAUGCCUACACAAUAUUAAAGGACAUGGGACUUAAAGUUUUUACAAAUACCAAUAUCAAAAGUCCAACUCUCUGUUACCAAGUUCAAAUGGGCUAUCCAGGUGCAGGAAUUGCUUACUCUACGCAGAGAAUGUUGGCAAUGCCUAUGGCAAUGGUGCAGGAGGAUAUGUUAAGUGGUUCUGUUGAAGCUGCUGGGUUUACAAUUGAGACUGAGAGAAAAUAUUUCCCGGAGACCUGGCUUUGGAACUUUGAACUGACAGAUUCCAAAGGACAGGCCAGUAUCCCGCUGACGGUCCCAGAUACCAUUACAACAUGGAAAGCAGGAAUGUUCUGCACGUCGCCCCAUUCUGGGUUUGGUCUUUCAGAAACAGUGUCUCAUGUAGCUAUGCAGCCUUUCUUCCUAGAACUCACUGUUCCAUACUCUGCAGUCAGGGGCGAGGAGUUGCUUAUACAAUCUACAGUGUUUAACUACCUCACAGAAAGCAUUGAGGUCGGCAUUUCCUUAGAAAACACUGAUCAGUACGAAGCUAAAGCUGCAGGUGGCAAGGAAGAUGGUUACUGCAUUGACGCAAAUAAAAAGGUGACAAUGUCCUGGAACGUCAAACUCAAGACUUUAGGUGAAAUUAACUUUACUGUGAGUGCGGAGACAUUGCCAGGGAAAGGUGUUUGUGGAAACCAGAUUGCACAUUCUCUGCCGAGAAGAAAGGACACGAUUACCAGGUCCAUGCUGGUGGAGCCAGAGGGUGUGGAAAAGGAAGAGACCCAGAAUUCCAUGAUUUGUGGGAAAGGUUCUGACAUUUCUGAGCAGUUUUCUCUGCAGCUCCCAGAACAUGUGGUGGAAGGGUCAGCACGAGGAUAUUUCUCUGUGAUUGGUGAUAUUAUGGGAACAGCAAUGCAGAAUCUGGGAAGUCUUCUUAAAAUGCCAUUUGGAUGCGGGGAACAAAAUAUGGUCCUCUUUACCCCAAAUAUCUACAUCUUGGAAUAUUUAAACAAUACUCGUCAGUUGACCCCAGAGUUGGAAUCAAAAGCCUUGAGCUACCUGAAUAGUGGAUACCAGAAGCAGUUGUCCUACAAACACUAUGAUGGAUCGUACAGUGCGUUCGGACCCUCAUAUGGAGGAGGAAACACCUGGCUCACGGCUUUCGUUAUGAAGUCCUUUGCCCGGGCACGCAGUCAAAUUUACAUUGAAGAAAAGCAAAUCUCAGAUCCUCUUGUUUGGCUGACAAAUCAGCAGAAGGACAAUGGCUGCUUCCGUAGUGUUGGAACUUUGUUUAAUAACGCCAUGAAGGGAGGAGUGAGCGAUGAAGUUACACUGUCUACUUAUAUCACCAUUGCUCUUCUGGAAUAUCCGCUACCAACCUCGCACCACGUAGUCCGGAAUGCCCUGUUCUGUCUGGAGAAUGCAAUAGCUGGUCAGAAUAACAUCCACACAGAAGCAAUGAUGGCUUAUGCUUUUACUCUGGCUAGAAAAUCAGACAUUUCUAAUCAACUGUUUAAACACCUGGAUGAACAGGCCAUCAAGACAGAUGACUCAAUCCAUUGGCAACGUCCAGAGUUUUCAGAUGACUCAGGACUGAGCCGGGGGUCUCACAAAUUAGCCCCAUCUGCAGAAGUUGAGAUGAACUCCUAUGCACUGUUGGCUACAUUGUCCAAGCCUGAAAUCUCUGAGGAAGAUUUGACUUUCGCCACCAAGAUUGUCAACUGGAUAAUAAAACAAAGAAAUCCUAAUGGUGGUUUCUCGUCCACUCAGGAUACAGUAGUCGCCCUCCAAGCACUCUCCCUUUUCGGAUCACUAACACAAGGCAACGAUGCUCCUAGAACAGUCUCUCUCAGCCUCGCUGGUACUCCUGUUGCAAAGUUCCAUGUAGAGGACUCAAACCGCCUACUGUUACAGACUGUUCCUCUGGCCAAGGUUCCUGGAGAUUACACGAUCACUGUUGGUGGUAGUGGCUGCGUGUUCAUACAGGCAAACUUGAAAUACAAUCUUCCUCAUCCCAAGGGCGAUGCUCCCUUUUUCAUUUCUGUAGAAACAGAUCCAGCGAUCUGCAACCACAAAUCCGAAAAGUCAUUUAGCAUUGCCGUCAAUGUAAGCUACACUGGGAAGAGAGAGAACUCCAACAUGGCUAUCGUGGAAAUAAAGCUGCCAUCUGGAUACAUUCCAAUAAAAUCUUCAGUCAGACAGUUGGCCCAUUAUUCCAAUAUUAAGAGGACAGAGUCAUUUCCCAAUAAGGUCACUGUGUACUUUGAGUCGCUUUCCAAGAGGAUUGAGAAUUUUGAGUUCCUGGUUGAACAGGACAUUCCAGUUGGCAACCUACAGCCAUCCACCGCCAAAGUCUAUGAUUAUUACGAAACCGAUGAAUUUGCUGUAACAAAGUACAGUGCCCCCUGCAGUUCAAAAGAAGAUACUUCAAGCAAUGUGUAAAUGAACAACGCAGGAAUUUCUAAAAUUUCUAAUUGCCAGCUAGAAGAGAAUUUAGUAUAAUUGCUUAAAAGAUUUCGAUUUGUUAUAAUUAUUAAAGUACAAAAUAGCAUAGAUCCCACUUGUAAAAUGGCAAAUGGUGGACGGUAUCAGUGAGGGCAGACUGAGUAGCUUCUAGAUGUCCAAUAUGGGAUGGACUCUGGAAGCCUGAUGGUAUUAUACAAAACAAGUAUGAAAACAAGUCCUUUGUAUUUUUGGUUUUAAUAAAUGCUGCUAUGAUUUAA